CCGCUGUCAAAGUUCUCUGCUCUUGGUCGCGGAGGUCUACACAGCCGGCUUGGUCAGUUAUCGGUCAGAAUGUGUAAACAUUGGAAAUCAUUGACAAAGAGACUCAAGUAUAACCAGCUUAUUGUCAGGCUUGAUGAGUUCACAGGAGAAAUCAUUGAAUCUAUUCAUGAACUUCAACAACUAGAGGUUUCACAGGUGACUGACAAGGAAAAACAGAAGUCUGAGGCUAAACAUAUUGGGCAGAAGAAAAGAAAGGCUCUCAGUGAUCUGUUUAAAGCAAUAGCACAGCUAGAGCUUUCGUACAGGAGGGGACUUCUCUGUGAUGCUGAGAGUUAUCUCCCUUUGCUUGUCCCACCACUAGAUGUUUCUGUCUGCUCAAAUAAAUUCAAAACAAGUAAGAGCCGUGCUACAGAAAUAGGUCAGAGUUGCCAUGACUACUACUAUAAAUGUGUUGCCAGAAGGGCCAAAUUUGCCACAGCUCUACAGACUCCAUCCAAGGAACUAGGUGUUGGGAAUAUAGAAAGGUGUAAAGGAUUUACUGAACACUUAAUGAAGCUUGUGGUGGAUCAAUAUUCUGGGGUGGUGGAGAUUCACAAGGGUUAUUUAUCUUUAAGCUCCAUGUCUGAAGUGUUAAAGGAUCUGUGUUCAAUUAAUGGAACACCCCCUCCACAGAAGACAACAAGGGAGUAUGUGGAGUCCCUUAUAUCUCUCUUGGUCAGCAUGAAGGAGGGUCUUAUUCAGGUCAAGGUCAUACUUCAGUGUUGUCCAUGACAACAAGAGGAGAUAACUCAUUAUCCGUCUCCAUUUCCCAGAAAUCAAUUGUCACAGUCAGCCCUGAUGAAGCAUGGGGAUGAACAGUGGAAACACUGCUUUGA